AGAGUGACAGACAGCCUAAAGAAAAAUUUAUUUUAUCAAAAAUCAAAAUAUUAUCAUUUAUUUUGGGAUUUUGGUGUCUCCAGAAAUCAAACAAUAUCAAAUGGGCCAAAAUGGAGAAAACAGCAAACUGGAUUGGAUGUAUAAGGGAGCCAACAGUUUAGUGAAUCGUGAAGAAUACCUUUUAGGUAAAAAUGUAGACAAACCUCUGGAACAACUGAAUAAGGAAGAAAAAGAGAAAAAGCUUGGCAUUGUUCCACCAAAGAAUCAUGUUGAACAUGAAUGUAUACCACCAUCCAUAAGAGAUUUCAACAAAAUUGUACAAGCAGAACAGGUUGAUUUAUCAGCAAAAUUACAAGAAGAUCCACUAGUUGCUAUCAAACGACAGGAAGAAGAUGCAAGGAGAGAAUUUCUUCAAAAUCCUGUUCAGCUUAAAAAGCUACAGGAAGCUUUGAAAGCACAAGAGAUCAAAAAGAAAAAGAAGAAACAUAAAAAGUCCAAACAUUCUGAGUCAGAAAGGGAUUUAGAUGAGAAAUUGAGACAAAAAUUGAGAAACCUAAGCAAUUAUAAAGGUACAGAUGUGCUGAAGAAGCAAAAAAAGAAUCAUACUGAUCAUUUAGAUACCAUCCUGAUGCAUAAAUUCAAUGAACUCAAGGAACAAUUAUCUCAAGAAGAUUUGGAUGAUAUUCUAGCUGGCAAAAUCAGUGAUAGUGAUGAGGAGACACAAAAAAAACUGGUUAAAAAAAGACCAAAAGUUUCUAGUGAAGAUAGUGAAGAAGAUAGGAAGAAGCUAUUGACAAAAAAAUCUAGGAAAGAUAAAUUGGAUACAAAAGCAUCAAAAGAAGUUGAAGGGAGAGACAGAAAAUAUAGAGAAAAAUCUAAAGAAAGAGAACAUAGGAAAUACAAAACAAUACACAAAGAUAUUGAUGGAAAAGAUCAAUAUAGAAAAAGGAGAGUUAGAAGUAGUAGUAGUAGUGAUUCAGAUGUUCAAAAGGAAAGAAAGAAUAAGGAUUCAAGAGAAAAAGAAAAAUCUAGGGUGCCUGAGAAUCAUAAAAAUGAAUCAGAUGAUGACCUAGAUAAAAUGAUACUACUGAAGUUGAGGUCAUUGAGGGACUCCCAACCUGCUAAAGACACUGAGGAACAUAAAGAAAAAACAACAGAAGGCACCUAUUCUUAUUAUGACAGUGAUGAAGAUAAAGUUGUUCAUAAAAAAAAGGCAUUUGGUCUUGUCAGGGCAGAUGGUACCAAAAUUCCCCUCAACAAAAAUCCUCAGAAUUCAAAAGUAGAAUCAACCAAGAAAGUGGAACCAGUAAAAAAACCUGAGAUGAAGAGGCCAAAAAAACUAACAGAAGCUGAAAAGGAUGAACGCAGAAGGCAAAUGAUGAAGGAUGCCUCUAAAAGGGACACUGAGAGAAGUGAAAACCUGAAAAGGUACCGUCAGGAAGAGAAAAGACAAGAGGUCCAGAAAGAUUUUGACAAGGAUUUUGUGCACAAGCAGCUGGCCAAAACUGCAAAUGAGGCUAGUAUGGAAUCUAGGCUGAAAUCAAAUUUGAAUAAUUUGCAAAGGUCCUCACAACAUAUGAGUUCUAAUUUUUCAAGGAGGUGAUGUUAAUCUUGUAGAUUAGGUAUAUAUGCAUAUACUGGGAUCAAAAGUACCCUUAUAAAAUUCAUAUCUUCAAGAUCACCAAGCAGCAAACAGAAUCCUAUUACUAAUAUCUUUCUAAUAUAUAAGAUGGGGAGGGGGGCAUAUACAACAGACUAAAAAAAAAAAUAUUUCAAAAUCAAUAUUGAGAUAUGAAUUUUAUGAGGGUGCUUCUGUCUUGAGUGGGUCACAUUGUACUCUGUAAAUAUUGAGGAUGAAUCAGAAAAUAAUUUGAGUCAUGAUUAUCAAAAAGAUUGAUUAAUAAAAAAAAAUGAUUCAAG